AUGAAGACUUUCCAGGCGGCCGCCCUCAUGGCCCUGCUCGCGCUUGGCGCGCUCCCCGCACGCGCGGCCGCGGACGGCCAGAACCCCCUCGGCAAGGUGCUGGAGCUCCUCGACUCGCUGUACGCGAAGGUGGCGUCCGAGGGCGACGCGGAGCAGAAGGCGUUCGUCGAGUACACGAGCUGGUGCGACGACGCCGCGAGCACCAAGCGCAACGAGAUCACGACAGGCGAGUCGAAGAAGGGCGACCUCGAGGCCUCCAUUGGCAAGCUGACCAGCGACAUCGCCACGUCCGACAGCACGAUUGAGAAGCUUGUCGCGAGCAUCGCCACGCAGACCAAGGACCUUGCCGAUGCUACAGCCAUCCGCGAGAAGGAGGCUGGUGAGUUUGUAGCUAACGAAGCGGAGCUGGUGGACUCCAUCGACACCCUCGGCAGGGCAAUUAGCAUCAUCUCCAAGGAGAUGGCCAAGAACCCUGCGGCCUUCACACAGGUGGACACCUCCAGCUUCGAGGGCCUCAUGAAGGGCCUCGCCGCCGUCAUGGAGGCCGCGUCCUUCUCCAGCGCCAGCAAGCAGAAGCUGACGGCGCUCGUGCAGGCGGGCCAGAGGGCCGACAGCGAGGAGGACCCCAUGGGCGCACCUUCGGCGACCGUCUACAAGACGCACUCGACCGAGAUCCUGGACGUCCUCGAGGACCUUAAGGAGAAGGCCGAGGAAGACCUGGCCGCCCUGCGCAAGGCCGAGACCAACGCGAAGCAGAACUACGACAUGCUGAAGCAGUCGCUGGACGAUGCGAACGUCAACGACAACAAGGACAUGGCGGACGAGAAGGCCGCGAAGAGUGCCGCGGAGGAGGAGAAGGCUGCGGACACCAAGGACCUCGAGAUGACCGUGAAGGCGCUCGCCGAUGCGAACGCCGCCCUGGAGAGCAUCAAGACGGACUGCAUGACCGUUGCAGCGGACCACGAGGCGAGCGUGGCUGGGCGCAACGUCGAGCUCAAAACAAUCGCCGAGGCCGUGAAGAUUCUCAAGGACACGUCUUCUGGGGCCGUGGCGCAGUCCUACUCUUUCGUGCAGCUUUCCACUGGCAUGCAGACGUCCGCAGACCUGAAGAAGGCGGAGGUCGUCAACGUGGUGCAGCAGUUGGCCAAGAAGUUCCACUCCUCCGCCCUCGCACAGUUGGCGUCGCGCAUCCAGGCCGUAGUGCGUCUAGGCAGCGCCGCUGGCGAGGACCCGUUUGUGAAGGUAAAGGGGCUCAUUCAGGACCUCAUCGCCAAGCUUGAGUCAGAGGCGUCCGCGGCAGCCGAGGAGAAAGCCUACUGCGACGAUCAGAUGGCUAAGACGGAGGAGAAGAAGAGCGAGCUCGAGGAGGACAUGGCCACCCUCACCGCGAAGAUCGACAAGGCCGCGGCGACGUCGGCGAUGCUGAAGGACGAGGUGAAGGAGCUCCAGGCCGAGCUCGCCGCGCUUGCCAAGCUGCAGAGCGAGAUGGACAGCAUCCGCAGCGAGCAGAACGCCGCAUACACCACGGCCAAGGCGGACCUGACCCUCGGGCUGAGGGGCGUGCGCGACGCGCUGUCGGUGCUGCGCAACUACUACGGCAGCGCCGCCUCGAUGCUGCAGGACGGCACCGACGCCGCGCAGCCCGCGAAGCCAGUCAGCCACUCUAUGGCGUCGGGGGCUGGUGGCACCGGCCCUCCUCCGAUCAUCGGCAUCCUGGAGGUCGUGGAGAGCGACUUCGCGAAGAACCUCGCGACGGAGGAGGCCGAGGAGGGCAGACGCGCAGGCGGUGUACGACAAGACGACCCAGGAGAACAAGGUGACCAAGACCAUGAAGGAGCAGGACGUGGUGUACAAGGUGAAGGAGUUCAAGUCUCUCGACAAGAGCGUGGCGGACAUGACCUCCGACCGCGCGGGCAAAGACACUCAGCUCAAGGCGGUGCUGGAGUACUACGCCCAGGUGAAGGACCGCUGCAUCGCCAAGCCCGAGAGAGCGCAAGGCCCGGCGCGAGAGCGAGAUCGCCGGACUCCGGCAGGCGCUGUCCAUCCUGGAGUCGGAGACGGCCCUGGUGCAGCUGCGCACCCGGAAGCGCGCCGCGGGGGACGCCCCCGAUCCUCGGCCCCGCCACGCCGUGA